AUGCCCAAGUGCACCAUGGGAGGGAGGGCCGACGCCAGGGCCGACACCAUGGCGCACGAAGCAUCCAAGCAUCGGGCGAAGCUGCACAUGGAGAAACCCCUCCCCGCCGGUGAGGGGUCCAACCGGCAGCAGGGCGGCCUUGACAUUGUCGACCACGUCCAGGCUCCGGUGCAGGUGUCACUUACGCUAGACCAGGCGGCUCCUCCGCCGGAGCAGGUAGCUGCUCUGGCUCCUCGGAUGGAGCAGGUGUCUCCUCUACCGCGGGUGACGCCUCGUGUGCCCGAGCCUAUUGUCGUCGGCAACGUCAACAAAGAAGACGUAGCUCCUCUGGCUUCUCUGCCGGAGCAGGUGGUGGCUCCUCAGCCUCAGCCGGGUGUUCGUCUGCUGUGUUUGUUGCCUCCCCUGCCCCCACCCGUGGUCGUUGCCGAUGGGAACGAAGAAGAGGUCCUAAGUGACGAUGUUGACAGCGACCCAGAAACCCAGAGGAUCUUCAGGAGGCAGAAGGUGAGGCAGCUGGACAGUGGUGAGCUCGAGAAAGCUGUGAGGCCUAGAUUCAGAAAGGGCUACGGAUGCCCUUACUGUAACAAGGUGAUGAAAGGCGACCUGUCGAGUACCAUCAACCAUGCAGUCGGAACAUCCCAAGGCAGCACCAAGAAUGGCUACGCUUUCAGGGUGAAGCACGCCGCGUAUGCCGACUACUUGAUGAGGCUUCUUUGA